AUGACGCCGAUUCUGAGAACCAUCGUUGCGCAGGUAUCUCGCGAAGGGAGAUCUAUCUUGUCUCGCCGCAAUAUUUCUUCAGAGCGUUGUCUCAGCUGUGGGAGGAGUGGAACCGAAGGAGUGGCUGCUUCGGAGGCAGGAGUGAUACCUCACCUAUGCAAUGAUUUGUACGAUCUACAUUGGUGGGUAUAA